GUAAGUGCUGUUUAUUUGUGUUGUGUGUCUGCGGUAAAAUGGCUGAAUCCAGGUUUUCUCAGGACCAGUUCAGCUGUCCAGUGUGUUUGGAGCUCCUGAAGAAUCCAGUGACCAUCCCAUGUGGACACAGUUACUGUAUGAGCUGCAUUACGGACUACUGGGAUCACGAGGAUCAGAAGAGAGUUUACAGCUGCCCUCAGUGCAGACAGACCUUCAGUCUCAGACCUGCUUUAAAUAAAAACACCAUGCUGGCUGAAGUGGUGGAGCAACUGAAGAAGACUGAACAUCACACUGCUGUUCCUGCUGGAGAUGGAGACGUGGAGUGUGACAGCUGUACUGGAAGAAAACACAAAGCCAUCAAGUCCUGUCUGGUGUGUCUGAACUCUUACUGUCAAAAUCAUCUUGAACAACAUGAGAAUCUCUUCAAAGGUAAAAGACACAACCUAAUGGACGCCAAUGGACGGCUUCAGGAGAUGAUCUGCCAAAAACAUGAUAAACUCUUAGAAAUUUACUGCCGUACGGACCAGAGGUGUGUUUGUAUGCUCUGUAUGGUGGAUGAACACAAAGAUCAUGAAACUGUGUCAACUUCAGCAGAGAGGACAGAGAAACAGAAACAAUUAGAAGAGAUACAUAGAAAAUUCCAGCAGCAAAUCCAGGAAAGAGAGAUGAAGCUUCAAGAGCUGAAAGAAGCUGUAAAGAUUCAUAAGUGUUCUGCACAGACAGCAGUGAGGGACAGUGAGAGGAUCUUUUCUGAACUCAUCUGCUCCAUUGAGAGAAAACGCUCUGAAGUCACACAGAUGAUCAGAGAUCGAGAAAGGAUCACAGCCAGUCGAGCUGAAGGACUCUUGAAUCAACUGCAGCAGGAUAUUGAUGAUCUGAGAAGGAAAACCGCUAUGCUCGAGCAGCUUUCACACACACAUGAUCACAUCUGUUUCAUCCAGAGUUUCGCAUCUCUCCCUGUUCCUCCGGCAUCUCCAGAUGUUCCCAGCAUUACUGUUAGUUCUUAUGAUGAUGUAGAAAAAUCUGUCUCUCAACUGAGACAGAAACUGGAGGAUUUCUGCAGAGAGGAGACUGAAAAGAUAUUUGGUCAAGUGACAUGCAUCCAGAUCAUUCCUACUCCAGAAUAUGAGAGCAGGAAUGACUUCCUACAGUAUUUCUGUCAUUUCUCUCUGGAUCCAAACACGGCUCAUCAAUGUCUCUGUCUGUCUGAGAGGAGCAGAGUAGUGACCUUAUCUAGCAGACAGAAUUAUCCUGAUCAUCCAGACAGAUUUGAUCAGUGUCGUCAGGUGCUGUGUAGAGAGAGUGUGUGUGGACGCUGCUACUGGGAGGUGGAGUGGAGUGGGAAUAAUGUAGAUAUUUCAGUGUCAUAUAAAAGCAUCAGCAGAAAGGGACAGAGUGACUUUAAGUCUAGAUUUGGAUGUAAUGAUCAGUCCUGGAGUUUGUCUUGCUCUCAUUCCAGUUGUUCAUUCAGCCACAAUAACAUAGAAACUGAUCUCACUGUAGUGCCCAGCAAUAGAAUAGGAGUGUAUGUGGAUCACAGUGCAGGAAUUCUGUCCUUCUACAGUGUUUCUGACACAAUGACCCUCAUCCACAGAGUCCACGCCAGAUUCACUCAGCCGCUCUAUCCGGGGUUUAGAUUUUUACAUUUUUUUGUUGGUAUUUUAAAACAAGUUUUAGAUCAUCUUUCAGGUGAAACUGCAAGAGUUCAACUGUGUAACAAAUAGAUGGUCAAAGAGCUUAUUUCUUUAAUGUAGUAAUUUAGCUAAUAUAAUCAAUUGGAUUUUAAUUCUUAAUGCAAAACAUUUGAUUGGAUCUGGUACAGAUGAAUACGUUUGAGACGUUUGUGAUUGAGAUAACACUUUUCACAUUUGAUCAGUUUCACUUAUACUAUAAAGUAAGAUCUUUUAAAGUUGUGUUCCUGUGAUUUACAUGGGAUCUUUUUAUAACAGCCUGAUCUGUAUAUAUUUGAUCUUCUGUUAUACAAGGAUGUAUGCAUGUCAUGAGAUUAAUGUCAACAUGAAGUCAAAACUGACACAGUGUACUUAGAUACAAUGUACAAGUUAAACAGACAAAAAAGUAAUAAAACAGGUUUGCCUUGGUAAUGUUAAAUGAAAAUUGGAAAAUCUGCUUCCACUCUGGAACAGCGUUCCUUCUCUGAGGACAUCAGGUUGAUUGUUUGUGCUGAUUUUAAUAAUGUGUGUUUUUAAAACAUAAACAUUCAGUAGAUUAAAAUGCUGUCGGGACACAGUAGACAUUCUAUUGAUAUUCUACUAUAUGGUCUCUUUAGUUCUGUAACUUAUAAUGUGGUAAAUCUGUAUAAAAUGGCAAUUAGGUUGUAUGAAUAUGAGGAUAAACCUUAUAAUUCAUACUUUUACAUGGGAUUUCACGGUAAUUAGAGGAAUAUUUUCAUCAAGCUUAUUUACCUUUAACAAGUUCUCAUUAUAGAUCUUUGGUAUUAAAUGUGUUUUUGUUUCAUUUCCCUUAAUCAGGGAUCAAUAAUUCAAUUUGGCAAUCCUUUAAACUAAUAAUUUGUUCAGGUAUGAAUCCAGGUAAAUUGCCAUUGUUGAAUGUGCAGUAGUUAUACCCAUUCGUUACAAAGGAACGUGUAAUUUGUUGAUUCAUUUUUGCUCCCUUUGAA